UCAUCAUCGCCGCCGCCGCCCUGCGAGUGCAACUUACGCUUCAUCAACAACACCGCCAUCAUCCAUUACCACCACAUUGCUGUGCCUUCAAACUGUCGUCUGCAUCGCGCUACCCCCGCCCGACACUUGCGCCCUGCAGGACACGCCGAGAGGACUGACGCUUCCGCUGCCGCGCAGGCCUCGACAUCACGACCCUUUGUCGGCGCUGCCCAACGUCGCCGCCAUGGCUCAGUUCCUGACCACAGUGUUAGUUCUCUCCCCAUCCUCGCAAACCCCCCAUACAUAGCCCAUUCUCGCAAAGCAAACAUCAUGGGCGCCGCCGUCGCCGCCGCCGCGUUUCGCUACCUGAGCCCCAAGUCGGUCGUGACCAUGUCGCGCAUCGACAACACCAUCAUCCCCGUCCACGAGGACGGCUCGGCCGGCCGGCCGCUCUCCGACGCCUCCAUGGACACCAUUGCUAACGUCCAGGCCCUGGCCGACUGCAGUAACCAACGGACUAAGAAUCAGUUCCGGCCGCGCGUCGGCAAGGGUGGCGCGACGAGCUACCAGCUGCGACAAUAUGCCGAGGUCACAUUGGGAGGUGGCAGCCUGAGAAAGGUUGUCAAGCUGCCCGAGGGCGAGGACGAGAACGAGUGGCUCGCCGUCAACAUGGUCGACUUCUACAACCAAAUCAACCUGCUCUACGGCGCCAUUACUGAAUUCUGCUCUCCGCAGUCAUGCCCCGAGAUGAAGGCGACCGACGAGUUUGAGUAUCUGUGGCAGGACAGCGAGAACUACAAGAAGCCGACCAAGAUGCCCGCCCCGGCGUACAUCGAGCAACUCAUGACGUGGGUGCAGGCCAAUAUCGACAACGAGACAGUGCUGCCGAGCAAGAUUGGCGUACCGUUUCCCAAGUCGUUCCCGGCGCUGGUCCGCCAAAUCUUCAAGCGCAUGUACCGCGUCUACGCACACAUCUACUGCCACCACUACCCCGUCAUUCGCGAGCUUGGUCUCGAGCCGCAUCUCAACACGAGCUUCAAGCAAUACGUGCUCUUCAUCGACGAGCACGGCCUGGCCAGCGGCCGCGACUACUGGGGUCCCUUGGGUGAUCUCGUGGACAGCAUGUUGCGGAGCGACUGAGCCGCACGGGCAGGCAUCUCUCUCAUUGAGGGACGCAUGACUUUGUAUAAAUAGUUUUGGGAGCUCCGGCGUUGUGGCUUUCAAACAUGAUGACGGAUAUUAAUGCUUGCAAGAAUUGGCAGACACAAUAGAGUCAAGGUUUCACUUUGUUUGCCGUGCGGCACUCUGUGCUGCUGCCGAUCAGAUCAUGUCAAAUUCCAUCUGCCGAUGUUGAAAUGAUGAACCAAUGAUCCGGG